UGACGAGACAGUAACAUAUACUUAGUUUUCUCUGUGUUUACUUCUUGACAAAUCUAUUUACUUGCGUCAAUUAAAAGUUCCACAUCGUUCCACAUAAUGUACAUCAUGGAAUAAAACUAAUUUUACGCCACAGAUGAGUUUCCAAUAGAUCAACAUGUUUGGUGCGCCAUUGGACGCAGUUGCGGAGGUUUUAGGUUGGGUUGUCGCGAAAGAAAGAAUUUAGGAAAUAAUGUUUUAUGUUGCUUUUGUAACAGUUUGCAGUAAAUUUCGUUAGGACAUUAUGUACGGAGGUUUCAGUUUUAUUUUUUAAUGAUUUUCGUCAAAAAUGAAGGAUAAAAUGCCUCCAUUUAGACGUAAGAAAUCGGGAAAAUCGUUUCCCGUCAAAGUGUACACUUUGGACGCUGAAUUGGAAUUCAAUUUGGAGUGGAGGGCGACAGGAAGAGAUCUUUUCGAUUUGGUAUGCCGCACAAUAGGUCUCAGAGAAACUUGGUACUUUGGAUUGCAGUAUGAAGACUCAAAGGGAUUUAUUUCAUGGCUAAAAUUGGACAAAAAAGUCCAAGAUCAGGGAAUCUCACAACAGCCUACAACUUCUUUCAUGUUCCUUGGUAAGUUCUACCCAGAAGAUGUGGCUGAAGAACUAGUUCAGGAAGUCACACAGCAUUUGUUCUUCCUGCAAGUGAAGCAAGCUAUUCUUUCCAUGGACAUCUACUGUCCGCCAGAAGCAUCAGUUUUACUGGCCUCAUAUGCAGUGCAAGCAAAGUAUGGUGAUUAUGAUGAUGCAACAUAUAAGCCAGGAAUGCUAGCGAGUGAGGACUUACUGCCGCAGCGCGUGAUUGACCAGUACCAGAUGACGCCAGAGAUGUGGGAGGACCGAAUCAAGAUCUGGUAUGCGGAUCACCGGGGCAUGUCACGUGAUGAGGCCGAGAUGGAGUAUCUCAAGAUUGCACAGGAUCUGGACAUGUAUGGUGUCAACUACUUUCCCAUAAGUAACAAGAAGGAUACUGAGUUGUGGCUAGGUGUCACUGCUCUAGGGCUUAAUAUUUAUGAAAAGGAAAAUAAACUGACCCCCAAAACAACUUUCACAUGGUCUGAGAUUCGACACAUCAGUUUUGAUGACAAGAAAUUCAUCAUCAAACCAGUGGAGAAGUCAUCACCAAACUUUGUGUUCUUUUCGCAGAAAGUUCGCAUGAAUAAGCUGAUCCUGGACCUCUGCAUCGGGAACCAUGACUUGUUCAUGAGGAGACGCAAGCCAGAUUCCAUGGAAGUUCAGCAGAUGAAAGCACAAGCUAAAGAAGAGAAGUCCAGGCGUCAGAUAGAGCGGAAUAAGCUGGCAAGAGAGAAGCAGCUGCGUGAGGCUGCGGAACGGGAGAAAGCAGCCAUGGAGCAGCGGCUGAUGCAGUAUCAGGAGGAGAUCCGAUUGGCCAAUGAAGCUCUGCGACGUUCAGAGGAAACAGCUGAUCUGCUGGCAGAGAAGUCUCGAGUUGCAGAAGAGGAAGCCAUGUUGUUGAGCCAAAAGGCUGCUGAAGCAGAGCAAGAAAUUACGAGACUUAGGCUUGGAGCCAUGAAGACAGAAGAGGAGAAGGUGCAUCUUGAACGCAAAACGCGAGAAGCAGAAUUGCUGACUGCCCGCCUGGUGGAUGAGUCAGAAAGGAGAGCUGCAGAGGCCGACAGACUCAAAGAUGAACUGCUCAGAGCGAGGCUGGCUGAGAAGCAGGCCAAGGAGAAGCUACUUGAGUUCCUUUCCCGUAAUGCUUACAACAGCAUAUCAUCUGUGCCAAACCUCUACCCUUCGGGUCAGGUGCUGCCAUCUGAACUGCAGGCUGAUCUGCGCUCUCUACAGCUGGACUCAGAACCUUUGCCAGCUGACCUCACUGCGUAUGACCUCAUCACUGAUGGAGACAUGGAACAGCUGUCUCUUGAGAUCGAAAAAGAAAGGGUGGAAUAUCUCGAGAAGAGCAAGCAUCUCCAGGAUCAGCUGCGUGAGCUGCGCUCUGAGAUUGAGGUGCUGAAGGUGGGAGAGAAGCAGAGUGAACUUGAUCAGCUGCAUGAUGAGCAGGUCCGACUUGGCGAGACCAAGUACUCAACUCUGCGCAAGGUGAAGUCUGGCUCUACGAAGGCUCGUGUUGCCUUCUUUGAGGAACUGUGAACAUGCUCAAGAUAUGCCCCUGUGCUUGAAUAUGAGAGACGACAGUCUGAAGGUUAUCAUUUCAGAAGUUUAUUGUGAGAGUUGCACUGAUUGUUAAAAAUGUUCCUGUUUGCCAAUUCGUACACCUGUUAGUUGUGGUCUCACAUUUUUAGCAGUAUUUUAUAAUAUUUUCACAUUGAGGCAGGUCUACUUGCUGACUGUUACCGCUGUUCUUUAUAUCUUCUCUUGGGUGUCCCAGGCCAUAUGAUGAAGUAUGUGUCAGUUUUACACUAUUUUUGAAUUACCACAGACACUCAUGAGUGUUGCAGUAAAUGCAGGCCAUAGUGGACACAUUGCCUGCAAGCAAAGCAGACCUUGAUGUCCACCAUAGUGUAGGGUAACUGAUCUGUAGCAGAAGCCAGUGACUUCCAUGGCAGGGAUGGUAAUGAACCAUUUCUAUAAUCCCAGAUCUAGAAUAUUGAUAUUUUUAGUUACUCUUUGUCUUCUCUUUAGUGUAAGGUUUAGAAAUUUACAGUAUUUUAGAAUGAAAGUGGAAAAAUGUUCAUAAUGAGGACCACUCACUCAGUCCCUUCUUGGCUUCCUUUAUGACAGCUGUCCGUUCUCUUUUAUUGCCUUUUUCCUACAUCUCUCCACUCUCAGCUCUUCUAAAUCAUUCUCUGCAUCAUGCAGGCAGGGCCAUGCCAUAGCUCAGGUGGUUAGUUGCUGGCUUCCCAUCAUGGUGG